AUGUCCAAACAACCAGCAGCGGGACCUUCAACGCCACUGAUCAGACUAUCAAUCCAUUCCUCAAUUCUAUCUCACCUCGCUACUGAGCUUUCAUUCUUACAAACGCUCAUUCUCAGAGCGAGGGAUCAACAUCGUACCCAACUUUUCCUGAGAAGAAUGUAUGAGGUAUUGAGGAUCGGAAAGGUGUUGCUACGCUAUGUGAAAGAAUCAAAUGUUGAAUCUGUUCCUGCGGAGUGGGAAAAGAAGAGAAGGAGAGGAGAACGGUUGAUCGGUAUAAUGAUCAAAAGUGUAUACACUGCACAAAGAUAUACAUCCCAAAUUAUCGAACUACAUCAUUUCCUUCCUUUACAAACUACUGUACUAUCAAUCUACUCUAGGUUAUUCACCAUCACCAUCACCAUCGCCAAUGGACUUAGUUUAGAUAUCGAAGAGAUCAUAGCUUCUGGGGGAAAUACAUCCAAUCAUCAUUCGAGAAUGAAGAAAAGGAAGAUUCCGGGAAAUUCAACUAGGAUGGAUGAGGAUGCAAAGACGAUAUUAGGCAUAUCGAGCGAGAUGAAAAUGGAUAUUGAUAUGGAUGGGAAUAUUGAAUUAGGAGAGAAGAUCCAACGUUCUUCCUUUAUCGUUCCUAUGUCAGCUUCCUCUAUCUCGAAUACAAGCCCGCUGAAAACGAAGCCUGUGAAACUUGAAUCGUCAGUGAACAGCCUUCCAUCAGAUCUUGGACGGAAAUCUGCCAGUCGUGAUGUCCGCGUAUCAUCAGUCGACAUCUCAAGACCUAUCAAGAGAACAACUCAAAAUGCGAUCAUCAAUACCCCAGAAAAAGUCACUGUCAGGCCACGCCCACCUUCACUUGCUCCAGAGAUCUCGUAUGAAGAGCAGAGUAAAACGCAAAAACGCCCUGUCAAAGUUGAACCUACCAUCGCUCAAUCCCCUGUACCGAUUCCUACGUUCACUAAGACGGCGCCUUCUACAGGAGAUCUGCCAACCAUUAAACCGAAAUCAAAGAAGUUGAAGAGUAAAUCUGCUGAGGAAGAAUCAAAAGCGAAAAAGAAGAAAAGGAAAGAUGCAAUGGAUGAUAUAUUUGGAUUUUAG